UGGAUUAAAAACACUGCGCCGUACAGUGUUUAUAAUAGCACAUGCGCUAGAAAUCCAACCUAUAACCUAACCUAAUUACAUUUCUUUUGUAUCAACCUUGUGCUCGCCAGUGCUCGCAAAGAUCGCUGCGGCGGUUAUUGGGCACGUGAAAAAGACUACAUAAAAAAAAAAAAAAACUUUUGUAUCAACUUUUAUCGCAUUGAUUUUAUCACUAACGUAUCGAUCAGAAGAUGUUAGAGAUUUUAAUAAAUACAAAAAUAAAUUUGAUACGUUAAUUUAUGUGGAAACACAAUCCUGACUGAUCAAGAAAGGAGAAACAAAAUCAGUCAGGAUUUCAUAGAAUCGUCAUUUAUUUAUUUAUUCUAAGUUGACAUAUGGGUGUACUUUAAAUAUAUUUAUUGAAUCAAUUAUCCGAUGAAAUGGAUUUGUUAUAUACUGUCAAUAGGAGAAAUUCUCCUAAGUCGAAUCAAGAAUGUUUAUAUGUUGGUCAGUCCUUGUGUUCCUUGUCCAGUCGAAAUAUAGCAGCAUUUACUACAAUGAUAGAGUUAGAUGAUAAUAGUGGCAAAACACGUGGUUGUCAUGUUUAUGUGGAAGAUUUAAAUAUGCCGUGGCAUGCUCACAAAGUGCUUUCAAAUAAACACAAUAUCACUGCACUAGAGUGGGAUUUGCCUGGUGACAAGUUGGUGGUAGCAGAUACAGCUGGAAAUGUGCAGUUGUGGAUGUUUAAAGAUCAUGUUUUAAGUGACUGGAUGUUGAUAGGUUCCACAUAUUUUUCUGGUGAACACAUAUUGGGUGCAGCUUGGUUCCAUAAUGGCAAAAAGACAGGGCUAGUAACUGAAAAGAAAGACAGCAUGCAUUACAGUGAAAAAUUCAAUCAUUUAUUGUUUGCACCUUCAGUAAGACAAUUUGGUAACAGAGCAGCUGAAGGUGUGCUGGUUGUGUCAACUACUGGCAUGGUUGGUGCAGUCAUGAUCACAAAAGAUCUUCAGGUUCCGAUUUGUUACUCAACAGAGAGUCUUGGCAACGCAAGACACAGAAUAACCGCGGUGGAUUUGUGUUAUGGAAAAAACGGUCACUUUCUCGUCGCAGUCAGCAGCGGCAGUACUUGCUUGCCAAUAAGAUGUUACAGGGUAUUGGUACGAAAAAACGAUGAUAAAUGUACUAUCACGUCGCAAGCUCUACCGAGUUUCUUCCUGCAAGACGGAGCACCCAAGGAUAAUUUAUGUACAAAUGUGACGCAUUUAAAGUUUGUGGUCAGAGAAGAUGCGGAUUCUCUUGUAAUCGCGGCGAAUAGCGAAACUAGUGGAUUCGUGGAAGUUUGGGAGUUGCGAGAAAAGUCGCAACCGGUUCACAAAUUAUUUCAGCCAAAGAGUCUAGAACCUUUUAAGACUGUUGUUUGGCAGUAUCAGUCGCAGUACCGCUGUCAGUCACCGGUUACGGCAAUAGCGACUACGAAGCUGUCUAUAGUGACAACGUUACCGCCUCCGAGCUACGUUAUAAUUGCGUUGGCAGACUCGUCAGUGCAUUGCCUUAAUCGCCUUGACUGCCUCAAAGAAGUAGCGUACUCGUCAUUGAACAUGGGCUGGCGUCAAGAUGAGCCAAGCAGCAAACACUUUAAGAGCUCGGUAUCCGUUGCUCAUAUGGAUCUCUCGUGGCUGGGCUGUGUACUCCUCGCGUGCGACACUCACGGCAAUCUGUAUCUCUACAAAUUGUUGCCGGACGGCACCACAGGCUCAUCGAUGUCUUUGAGCUACGCUUGCACUUUAUUGGAGUAUUGUUUAGUGACGGGACUAGAUUGGCUGGACAUACUUUUGUGCUUGAGAUCGUCCAUGAUCGAAGCGUUGUGCGAGCGAUUAGACGUUUCCUUCAACCGGCAAUCGCAACCCACGCAGCAAUAUCACUAUAUUCAAUUUUUAUGCAUCAAGACGUCAUUGUACAGAAUGCUUAUAUCGGGGCAAAAUAAGGCAGCGGAUUUAUCGUCGCUGCUAAUGAUACACUCUGUAGCCACGGCAUUCAAGUCUCUGUUAAGACCGUCGGACUUGAUAACCCACGACAAAGGGCCGGCAGAGAGUUUGGCCGCAGUGCUCACAGAUGUUAUUACCGAUAACAUUGACAAAGUACUGUUGCAUCUCGAUCCGAAAGAAUUUACAGUGGAACCGAGCACGCUGCAGUCGUUGCAGCAACUCAUUCAGUGGGUCGCUGACUUAGCUUUGAACUUGCUCGCCAGGCUACCCGAGCAAAGGAUGCAAAUGAAAACUGGCGGUUACGAACUUCUCAAGGAUCACAAGGCUUUAAAUACAAUACGAGAGCUGCUGGUCAUGAUACGUAUUUGGGGAUUACUUCGUCCUUCGUGUCUCCCGGUGUUUCUUCGCAGCGCAGACUCGUUGGAUGUUCUAGCCUUGUUGUUUCGCUUGUUAUCAAAAUUGGUGCAACCCAAUGGAGACGCGCAGCAGCAACAACAGGUGGAUGACGGUUUAAUUGAUGACUGCUGCUUGUUGCCAAAUCAAAUCAUGAUCCCGCAGUUGCAUCAAGGCAACAGCAUAACUGCCAUAGUAUCACCGCUUUUAUUUUAUCAAAACUUGCCGCUACAGUUGGAGUACGGAGUCGAGCCUGAACAAUUAGUUUUUACACCUGAAAUAAACGCCAUCGAAGGUUGUAUGCACAGCGGACAGAUCGUGGACACGAUACGACAUUUAUACUUGGGAAAGCAGCCGCUUUUAGUGAAGCAAUGCACAAGAUGCGGAGGUAAAGCACAAGUACAAAACAUGACGAGAACAGCUGCGAUCAGAGCUUGGGACCAAAGAUGGACACGUGCUUGUCGGUGUGGUGGCGUUUGGCGGAUUCACAAAGCCUGCUAACGACUCGAGAAUCGAAUUAGAAAUCACCGUGUUUCUAACUAUUAACUUUUAUAUCAAAGUUUACGCGAGCCAUCCAUCGAACAAAAUCCAACUUA